AUUAUUAACAAAAUAAUUAAUUGAUAAUAAAAAUUUGUUGUGUAUAAAUAAAAUUUUUAUUUGUUUAAUAUUUUAAUAAUUAUAUAAUAUAACGUACAUUUAUCUAUCUUCAUAUUAUUUUUUCAAAGUUUUCUUUUUGAAGUCGUGUCACUUGUGUGACUACACACAACUGACUAACUGACUACACACAGUCCAAUUAAUAAGUGCAAGAUGGCAAGCGAGGUAAAUGAAAUUGCUGCUGAAGCGAGUGAAAAUAAUGAAGCGAUUACGGGAAGAAUAUCUUCGACAUCUGAGGGAAUGGCCCUUGCUUAUGGAAGCUUGAUAAUUAUGGCUAUUUUACCUAUCUUCUUUGGUAGUUACCAAGCUGUUAAACACCAUAAGGAGCAGCAGCAACAAUGUAAAAAAAGUGGAGAACAGCCAGAUACAAUGUCUCGCAAAGAAGCAGCAAUAUUUCCUUUUAUUUCCAGUAUUACAUUAGUUGGACUGUAUGUAUUAUAUAAGAUAUUUGACAAGGAGUUAGUUAAUCAAAUCUUAGCUGCAUAUUUUUUUUUCUUAGGAAUCUUAUCUUUGUGUCAUCUUACCAGCCCUUUAAUUUCAUCACUAGUACCUGCUGCAAUUCCAAAAACUCAUUAUCACAUAUUAUUCACUAGGGGUGAAGGUGACAAGGCAGAACAUAUUAUUAAUUAUAAAUUUAACCUUCAUGAUAUUGUUUGUCUAAUAUGUUGUUCCCUUAUUGGAACUUGGUAUUUUCUAAAAAAGCAUUGGAUUGCCAAUAAUUUAUUUGGAAUUGCAUUUGCGAUUAAUGGUGUAGAAUUGUUACAUGUGAAUAAUUUUGUAACAGGAUGUAUUUUGCUUUGUGGACUCUUGUUCUAUGAUGCAUUUUGGGUAUUUGGUACAGAUGUAAUGGUAACAGUCGCGAGAUCGUUUGAAGUACCAAUUAAGUUAGUGUUUCCUCAAGAUAUAUUGGAGAAAGGACUUACAGCUAGCAAUUUUGCCAUGCUGGGUUUAGGUGACAUCGUUUUGCCAGGAAUUUUCAUUGCUCUUUUAUUGCGAUUUGAUAAUAGUUUGAGUAGAAAAACAAAUGUCUAUUUUUAUUCGACAUUUUUUGCAUAUUUCAUGGGACUAUUAGCUACAAUGCUCAUUAUGCAUUUAUUUAAUCACGCACAACCGGCUCUGUUAUAUUUGGUACCUGCUUGUUUAGGUACUCCUUUGCUUCUAGCAUUAGUCAAAGGCGACUUAAAAGCAUUAUUUUCAUAUGAAGAUCAUCCAAUUAAUACGAUACAAACGGAAAAAUCGGCUCAAACACAAGUAGAAAUGAAAAAGGAAACAUAAUGUUUAAGGUGAUCAGUGUAAUAAAAUUUUCAGCAUUUUUAUUAUGCUGUUAUUGUUCUAAAUUUAUCUUAUAUAGAAAAAAAAAAAAAAAAGAUAGUUUGUCUUAUGCUCAAGCUGUACAAUCAUGAAAUUUAAAUUUAAAAGUGUCAAUAUGUAAUUGUCUUACAUGCGCACUGUGAAAUAAUCAUUUGGUUAUCAUUAAUAUAAUUAAUAUCCAUAUAUUUAAAUUCAAUUGAAUCAAUGAUUUAUAAUUAUUUCAUAUUUGUAUUGCUUUUCAUAAAUGUCAAUACAUAUGAAAAGAUUAAUAAUAAUUUAUGGAGCAGUUAUCUAAGGACGGAAAUAAAUAAUCCUCUUUUUUAAUUAAAUUGUUUUUUAUAAGAAAAAUUUUGAGUAAAUAAGAAUUUAUAUUAAUAUGCAUAUCAUAAAUAUCAAUUAAUUUUCAUUGAAAAAUUUUUCAUUUUUCGAAUCGUAAAACAAAAAAUUAGAUUGAAAUUUUUUAUUCUUAUAUAAAAUAAAAUCUUUAUGUUAUCAUAGAAAUUAGACUUAUAAUCGAAUUGAUUUAAAAUCUCUGAUAAAAAAUCUUUGUCUAUUUUUUUAAAACUACAAAAUAUUUAAAAUUACAAUUACAAAUAAUUCUUUGAAUUUAUUAUUAUUUUAUGAACUUGUAAUUUUAUCAAAUACAUACAAUUUUUUUAUAAUCUACAAUUGUUUUAAUUUAUGAAAUUUAUGAAAAAUAAAUUUUGUAGAAUAUGUAUAGUUAGAAAAAUUUGUAAACAUUUUUGAAAAUAUAAUAAAAUUAUAUUCUUUUCAUUUACA